GUGCUGUUUUGGAAGCAAGGUUGAGCAGAAAGGGAAAUGGAUUUUAGCUGAUGGCUAACUCCCUCACUGCACUGAACUGAACAGAAUCUGCUCUACACCUGCAAAGCGACACAUUCAGAGAAUAAAUUGAAGAUGGCCAUGAUAUAACUUCUAAGCAUGAUCUGCUUCUCAGAUUUACCUAAACUAAGAAAGGUUUGCUUUAAGAAAUAGUGCUCCCUUCAGAAUGGAAAAAUUCAUGUCUUCUAUUUGAUGGGGCUAAGAUGGCUGACUAAAUAAAAAUGGGGGACUGGAAUCUCCUUGGAGAUACUUUGGAGGAAGUUCACAUCCAUUCCACUAUGAUUGGAAAGAUCUGGCUCACCAUCCUGUUCAUAUUUCGAAUGCUUGUUCUGGGUGUAGCAGCUGAAGAUGUCUGGAAUGAUGAGCAGUCUGACUUCAUCUGCAAUACAGAACAACCGGGCUGCAGAAAUGUAUGCUAUGACCAGGCCUUUCCUAUCUCUCUCAUAAGAUACUGGGUUCUGCAGGUGAUAUUUGUGUCUUCACCAUCCCUGGUCUACAUGGGCCACGCUUUGUACCGAUUGAGAAUUCUAGAGGAAGAGAGGCAAAGGAUGAAAGCUCAAUUAAGAGGAGAACUGGAGUGGGUAGAGUUCGAAAUGCCUGGGGAUCGGAGGAGACUGGAGCAAGAACUUUGUCAGCUGGAGAAAAGAAAGCUAAAUAAAGCUCCACUCAGAGGAACCUUGCUUUGCACUUAUGUGAUACACAUUCUCACUCGCUCUGUGCUUGAAGUUGGGUUCAUGAUUGGACAGUACCUUUUAUAUGGAUUUCACUUAGAGCCUUUAUUUAAAUGUCAUGGCCACCCGUGUCCAAAUAUAAUCGAUUGUUUUGUAUCAAGACCAACAGAAAAGACAAUAUUCUUAUUAUUUAUGCAAUCUAUAGCCACAAUUUCACUUUUCUUAAGCAUUCUAGAAAUUUUCCACCUAGGUUUUAAAAAGAUUAAAAGAGGGCUUUGGGGACAUAAGUUGAAGGAUGAGCAUAAUGAAUUCUAUGCAAGCAAGUCAAAACAAAAUCUAGUCAAAUAUCAGAGCACAUCUGCAAAUUCAGUGAAGCGACUCCCUUCUGCUCCUGAUUAUAAUCUGUUAGUGGAAAAGCAAACACACACAGCAGUGUACCCUAAUUUAAAUUCAUCUUCUGCAUUUCAGGCAAAUCCUGACACUCACAGUGUAAAUGAUAAGAAACGCAGUACAGAUGAACAGGAAACUACAGUUUCUGAGAUUUGCACAGUUAGUACUACUUGUAGGCAUUUUCAAGACAUCGGAUCAAAUAAUAAAGAAACACACAAAAUAUGUGGAAAAGUUGGUGACCAAUUAAGGGAAAAAAGAGAAACUGAUGGCAAAGAUAGCCAAAGGAACUCUAGAGAUCACUGUUCUAUUCCAGGCGUCGCUAUAAAUCUGGACAACCACAUGGGGCAGUCACCCCAAACUGCUUGCCCCCUCCCAGCUAACUCCACUUGGAAACCGAGGUGGCUUAGAACUACAUGGAGUCACUCUACAGAAGAUAAAAACUGGGGGUCACCUCCUAAAGGUAACCUCAAGGGCCAGUUCAGAGAGGACACAAUCAGAACCCUUUCUCCUUCACAAGGAGACUCCCAGUCACUUGACAUUCCAAACACUCCUGACUCUUUGGGAGAGUUGUCCUUUGAGCUUGAGUCUGUCAGAACCUGCAAUAAACCCGCUGUUAGUCCUCCAAAUCAUAUGGCGUCCCUGAUGAACAACUUCAUUGGUAGGCGGGUUCCCACAGAUCUUCAGAUCUGA